AUGUUCCCGGCACCCCAGGGUGAUCCCGGCGCCCCAGGGUGUUCCCGGAACCCCAGGGUGUUCCCAGCACCCCAGGAUGUUCCCAGCACCCCAGGGGCAUUCCCGGCACCCCAGGGCGUUCACCAGCCCUCGGCACACCAGCGUGUUUCCAGCACCCCAGGGUGUUCCCGGCAUCCCAGGGUGUUCCCGGCGACACCCCAGGGUGUUUCCGGCGGCACCCCAGGGUGUUCCCGGCACCCCAGGGCGUUCCCGGCGCCCCAGGGCGUUCCCGGCGCCCAGGCGUGUUCCCGGCGCCCAGGCGUGUUCCCGGCAGCCCAGGGUGUUCCGGGCAGCCCAGAGUGUUCCCGGCAGCCCAGGGUGUUCCCGGCACCCCAGGGUUUUCCCGGCACCUCAGGGUGUUCCCAGGACCCCAGGGGUGUUGCCAGCACCCCAGGGUGUUCCCGGCACCCCAGGGCGUUCCCAGUUUGCUCCAAGUACACCAGCAACACUCCCAGUGGGGUAAUGGGUUUUACAGCACAGUUCACCAUCACUGUACCAGACAAUCCCAUUACAGCAGCAGCCGGAGGUACGGCUGUGUUUACAGUGAAACCGUCUGGUGAGGUGAAGACCGGGACCUGGAGUAUCGGCCGUGUGGUUUUUGUUACUUGGUUUCCAGGAGGAGAAAGCAUCGACCCUGGUUACAAAGACCGGAUUGUGUUCACAAGGACCUCUGGGUCUCUGCAGCUAAACUCUGUGAAUUAUACUGACGCUGGAGAUUACACUGUGACCAUGUUCUCACCCUCUGACACUCAGGCAACAGCCACAAUCACACUGAAGGUGGUGGAAAAUAUCACCAGCGUCACCGUAACACAGAACAUUCCCAACCCGAUAGAAUACAAUGACACUGUGACACUGACAUGUGAUGUUAAAGGCACUGUUGAGUCACGGUUGUGGUUUAAGGAUGAGAGAGCUCUCCACAGCAAUGACAGGAUCACAAUCUCCCAGGAUAAUGCCACCCUGACCAUCAUCAGUGUGACUAGAAAUGAUGGUGGAACGUAUCGGUGUGAGGCAAAGAACAGCUUUAGCUCUCAGUCCGGCAGCCACACACUGAGCAUUGCGUAUGGACCAGACACCCCUGAGCUUACAAUCACUGGGACACACUCAGCAGAACUUGGAGACUCUCUAACAUUGUCUUGUUCUGCUCAGUCAAACCCAGAAGCUCAGUAUAAAUGGAUAUUUAAUGGCACCGUUCUGUCACAUACAAGUUCAAAUUUCACCAUUCAUCAAAUAAGCCAGAAUGACCUUGGGAGGUACACUUGUCAGGCUCGUAACAACAUUACCUUAAGAGUCAAUGAGACAACAUUAAACGUAACUUUACAGGAGAAAAUCACCAGCGUCACCGUAACACAGAACAUUCCCAACCCGAUAGAAUACAAUGACAAUGUGACACUGACAUGUGAUGUUAAAGGCACUGUUGAGUCACGGUUGUGGUUUAAGGAUGAGAGAGCUCUCCACAGCAAUGACAGGAUCACAAUCUCCCAGGAUAAUGCCACCCUGACCAUCAUCAGUGUGACUAGAAAUGAUGGUGGAACGUAUCGGUGUGAGGCAAAGAAUAGCUUUAGCUCUGUGUCCGGCAGCCACACACUGAGCAUUGCGUAUGGACCAGACACCCCUGAGCUUACAAUCACUGGGACACACUCAGCAGAACUUGGAGACUCUCUAACAUUGUCUUGUUCUGCUCAGUCAAACCCAGAAGCUCAGUAUCAAUGGAUAUUUAAUGGCACCGUUCUGUCACAUACAAGUUCAAAUUUCACCAUUCAUCAAAUAAGCCAGAAUGAUCUUGGGAGGUACACUUGUCAGGCUCGUAACAACAUUACCUUAAGAGUCAAUGAGACAACAUUAAACGUAACUUUACAGGACAAAGGCAGUCCUCCUAACAGUUUAAGCGGUGGAGCGAUAGCAGGAAUAGUGAUUGCCUGUAUUGUUGGCGUUGCUCUGAUUACUGCACUUGUCGUAUGGGUCGUCAAAGUAAAAGGAAGGGCGAAAAGUGGAUCACAUCAUCAAAAUGGUGUCACAAUGGCUGCAACAGGAAACAUCCCUCCAUCACAAACAGAAUAUGCCACAGUGCAAAGGAAAGAGCAGAAUCUUCAAUCACCGCAUCAAUCUAACAGUGGAGCCAAUACAGCCACAGCGAACCGAGACAAUGAAAUUGUUUAUGCCCAACCUCAUCUUCUUCAAGGAGGUGCAACGGCCCCGAAGGCAGCAAUUAAUGAUAAUAAGACAGAUUAUGCUGAAUUGAAAUUCAAGUGAUUCAGUAAAACAAAGGCUGAACAUAAUUUAAUUAAAAAUAAUUAUUUAUUACCAACCUUUAGCAAAAUUCUAUUGUGCAUCAUAAAUGCCCAAUAUCGUAACUUUGACGAACUGCACAAAUUAACAGGAAAAACUGUUGCAAAUGAAUGGGAAGAAUGUAUCAUAUCUUUAUUUUUCUUUUAUGUUAAAUGUUUUUAAAGUGGUGGAAAGGCACUAUAGUUUAUGUUGUUAUCUUUACAUUGCAGUGCCAAUGCUUUGUAUCCCUGCACAUAAGUUCCAGCCUCAAGUAGAAGCAUAAAUUUACAGCACAGAAUAAGACUAUUUUCACCCACAAAAUAUAAAGUCACUACACUUUAAAAUAUAUUACAUGAAGCGCUUUUCGACAUCUUGAAGUUGUGAUAAAGCGUUAUACCAAAUGCAAGAAUUAUUAUUAUUAUUUGGCCCAUUAUCCCUAUGUUGGCUCUCUUAGGAGCAUAACAUAACAUGUAGGAGCAGGAGUAGGCCAUUCGGCCCUUC